AUAAGAUUGCCGUUGAACCAAGCGCCAACCUUCAUUCCGGCAGUGCCCCACACCAGCUUCCGUAUGCAGCUGGAGUUUGUUUUUGGGCAGCGGAUGUCUCAACUCCGACGUCUGCCCACUGCACCAAUUCCCAUUAUCACUGAAUUGUUUCCCGACUCCGGCGAGUUCCUCCGCAAUGGAUCUCUUCCGGUCUUUCUUGACGUCCAUCUGUAGCUCCAGCUCCAUCGGACACCAUGAAGACACUGAAAACAAACUUUAUGUGGACUUCAUGAUCCCAUCAAUCGUAUGGACUACCUCGAUCUCACUUGUUGUCAUCGUACUCCUCUCGUACAUCGGCCGAAUCGUACAGGAUAGCAUUGCCACCGCUCCGCGCAAGUACUCCGUCCCGCCUGCGAAGCUUCCCGACACCGAAACCACCAUUGAUUAUCCUGGCGUCAAAGUCCCAGGAAGCGCUGCUAUCCAAUGCUACGCUCCAGCCACAGGCCGCUUCCUUGGCCUCGUCAACCCAUCCACCUCGGAUGGCAUUGAUCGCAGCAUUGCCGCCGCCGCGACGGCCCAACGCGAAUGGGCCAAGACGAGCUUCCAGAAACGCAGGGCGGUCCUAAACACCCUCAAGAACCACAUCAUGGAAAAUGCUGAAGAGAUUUGCCGUGUUGCUGCCCUCGACAGUGGCAAGACUAUGGUCGAUGGCCAGAUGGGCGAGAUCCUCGUCACCAUUGAGAAGCUCCAGUGGACGCUGCUCCACGGCGAAAAGGCCCUUAAGCCGUCGUCUCGACCUACCAACUUCCUCAUGGGAUAUAAGCGCAACACGGUCCGUUAUGAGCCCAUGGGCGUUGUGGCUGCACUGGUCAGCUGGAACUAUCCCUUCCAUAACAUGAUUGGUCCCAUCAUUAGCGCCAUCUUUGCUGGUAACGGUAUCGUGGUCAAGGUUUCGGAGCAGACAGCGUGGUCCAGCACCUUUUUCACAAACAUUGUGCGCGGCGCGCUCGCUGCGCAUGGUCAUGAUGCGAAUCUCGUGCAGGUCCUUGCCUGCUGGCCCCAAGCUGCUUCUCACCUUACUUCGCACCCAGAUAUUAGCCACAUCACGUUUAUUGGAUCGCAGAGCGUAGCUCACCAUGUUGCUGCUAGUGCUGCGAAGAGCUUGACACCCGUCGUGGCCGAGCUCGGUGGAAAGGACCCCUUUGUUAUUCUGGACUCUGCGAAGAAGGAUCUUGGUCGUAUUGUUGAGAUUAUCCUGCGAGGCACCUUCCAGGCUGCUGGACAAAACUGCAUUGGUAUCGAGCGUGUUAUUGCGGCUGGUUUGUUCGACGACCUGGUCAAGUUGCUCGAGCCACGAGUCAAGGCUAUUAGACUCGGUCCCGAUGCCGACAUGGGUGCCAUGAUUUCGGAUGCCUCGUUUGAUAGACUGGAAGAGCUCAUUGACGAGGCUGUUGACCAGGGCGCAACGCUGCUUGCAGGCGGUAAGCGCUACGAGCACCCCGAGUAUCCCAUGGGCCACUACUUUGAGCCUACGCUGUUGGUUGAUGUUACGCCGGAUAUGCGCAUUGCACAGCACGAGUGCUUUGCGCCUGUGCUUACGGUGCUGCGCUCUCCCGCCUCGACGGCUGAUGCUAUGCUGUCCAUUGCCAACGCGCCAAACUUUGGUCUUGGUGCCUCCGUACACGGCUCCGAGAGCGAUCCCGCCAUGGAGCCUAUUAUUCGCGGACUCAAGGCUGGUAUGGUCGCUGUCAACGAUUUCGCCGUCUACUAUGCGGUGCAGCUGCCCUUUGGCGGUGUUCGUGGCUCUGGUUACGGCCGCUUCGCUGGCGAGGAGGGCCUGCGCGGACUGUGCAAUAUCAAGGCUAUCUGUGAAGACAAGUUUGGCUACUUGGGCGUAAGGACGGCUAUUCCGCCGCCCCUGCAAUAUCCUGUGCCGUCGCAAGCCAAGGGUUGGCGCUUUGCGCAUGGCAUUGUGCAGCUGGGAUAUGGCGGGUUGGUGACAAAGGUCAAUGGUAUCAUCAAUAUUUUGAAAAACAUGGCUUAAUGUAUAAUAACCAGCUAGGUACAAGCCUCAAAUAAUAGUAAUCCGAUUCAAAGUAUC